CCGCGACGCCGGCGUGGCGCGGCCCUGCGGGGUGCCGCCCCGGCGGCUCCACAUGCACCAGCAGCUGCGGGCGCUCUGGGCGCAGGGUGCUUUGGCCGCCGCGCGGGGGCCCGACGGGGAGCUGGGCGCGCACCUGGCCGCGGACGUGACGCUCAAGGAGGCCCCCGGUGCCUGCCUGGGGCACGCGGGCGUGGCGAAGGUGGCCAGCAGGCUCCGGUCGGAGGUGCAGGGGCUGGUCGACCAGGUCAAGGCAAAGUCCGCCCGCCUGGCGGAGAGCCGGCGCCUCCGGCUGGGCUACCGCCGCAAGCUGCAGGAGGCCACGGGCGAGCGGCUGCCCGGUGAUGAGGAGGAUGAUGGACACCCCGAGGAGUCGGACGCCUCGCCGCCAGACGGUAACGCCGAGCCGGACCCCGUCGUGGACGGGCACGGGCUGCAGCGCGACAUCCGGCGCCUGGAGGA